UUCAGGUCAUUAAACAUGGCAACUACAAGUACUGUAGUUGGUGGACCAGGAGGCACUCCAUUUUAUUUCGAUGGCCGUGCAAAUGGUGCCUUCCUCCAGAAGAUUGGCGUGGCAGUGGGUGCCAGGCAGAUCAAAGCUGUGCGGGCCGAACUGAGCGACGGGCGUAUGAAGACCUUUGGAGAUGCAAAGGGUAACACAUUCAGUGAGUUCACGUUCGAUAAUGGCGAGCACAUCACCAAGCUGUCCCUGUGGAAGAACAGUGCUGGGACACAUCUGGGUGCCAUUAAGCUCUCUACAAGUUCUAGACAAGAGUUCUAUGCACACAUGACCAACUCGCCCAUGGGCUCCGAAGUCCCUAUCGACGUGGGGUCUGGAGUCUGCCUGGGGUUGGAGGGGAGGUCUGACACAGACAUCAACGCAAUGGGAUUCGUCUUCAUCAAUGCCAUCAAGUCAGCUGUGCUAACCAACAUAACCUAUCCCAACCUGGACUCGUACACACCCCAGAUCAUCAAGGUAGACGUCCAGUCGGAUCGUCAUUUCAACCCGACUGAUGUGCCUCUAGAUCAGAAAUGUACCUACAGCAAAUGUGUGACCGAGACUGCCAAAUGGAGCACCACCAGUAAGAUUGAGACCGUCGUCAGCAUGAAAAUUUCAGCAGCGAUGGUGGAAGUGAAUGGGGAGAACCAGUUGGUCCCCGGGGACACGCACAUCUAUCCAAUAAGCCACUCGGAGGUCAGAACAAAAUCAGAUGAGGUCAGUGUGACAAUCCCGCCAGAAAAUACCAAGACCGUUGAGUUUUCAGUGGACAAAGAAGUCAUCACCGACCUCGACUUCAAGGCAGUGGUGAAAAUCUCAUGCCAGAAUGGCAAAGAGCUGACCUUCAAUUCCACUGGCAACUACAAUGGUGUGGCUUACUCUGGAGUGCAUAGAAAAAUCACUUAGUCUGAUAAAGUUAUGAAUGUUGAAUAAGAUGCAUCAACAUCUUACUGUGCACAGUUUUAAUAUUCUUUGCAUAAUGACUGUCACUGAUAAAUAAAUCCUCAUAAACCUG